UUCUCAACUUAGCUUCUCUCUACGUACACUCUCUCUCUCUCCCUCUUACUUCAAACAAAGCAGCAGCAAUGGCACCAAAGAACACAACCACCAAACGUAAACACUUGAAUGACGAUGACGAAACCCAAAAAUGUGCAGCGGAUCGGAGGCUUCUCCGUUGUGAUUAUUUCAAGAUUUCCUCUCUCAUUAAUGAAAACAGGGAUGAUAUAGCAGCUGGACUUGAUUCUCAGAAAUUUGAUUCCAUCAUCAAAGAAGUAGAGGACUUGCAUCUUCAUGUGAAGAAGCCAAGAGAGCAAGUUGCAGAUGCAGAAACCCUUUUGAAUCUUACCAGCACCUUGAUGACAGCAGUUAAACAGCAUACAACAGGCGGUGUUACUCAUUCUGAAUUCAUCGCUUGUCUUAUGAGAAACUUUGCUAAACAUCAAAAAGGUGAAACUUCUGAUAGUUCCAAGAAUCUGCUUUCCUGGAGAGAGAUCGGGCUUUUUGUUUCACCUCUUUUCCAGAAUGUGAGAGGGUGUAGCACAAUGCUUGGACCCAUGGACAAUCAUAUGAAGCCACGGAAGGUUACUGCUCGUAGAAACUAUGCAAGGCCAACAAUCAAGAGGGCUCGACCAGAAGAGAUUAAACAUGCCACUACUGAAGAGAAAACUGAGACCGAUCAGAAUAUGUUGACGAUGUUUGAGAUCUUGAGCAAGAAGAGAAGUGUCAAGCUUGAACAUCUACUGUUGAACAGAAAGUCAUUUGCACAAACAGUGGAAAACUUAUUUGCUCUGUCUUUCUUAGUGAGAGAUGGGCGAGUUGCCAUUGUGAUUGAUGAGUCGGGUUCCCACAUCGUCUCACCAAGGAAUCAGCCUCCAGCUAGUUCUGUUAGUUCAGGAGAAGUCAAGUACAGUGCUUUUAUUUUUAGAUUCGACUUCAAAGAUUGGAAGUUGAUGAAGGAUCAAGUGGAAGAGGGAGAGGAGCUGAUGCCUAACAGGGUGGACAAACUAGUAUCGUGUUUAAAAGCUGAAACGGCUACAAAAUGUUCUAAACCAGAACCUGAUACAUUGUAUCGUAAAGAAGGAACGGAUACAAUCUGUUCUGAAGCUGCACCAGUACAGGAAAUACCAAUGAUCACACCUCUAAAGAUGUAUUCAAGAAAACAUGGCAUGGUCGCUGUCACGAGACCGAGCUGUAAGCGCAAACUUGAGGUUUACCAGUAGUAGAAUUGAUGGACUACUCGACUAUGUUCGAAAACAAGGACAGGUUUCUCUUGUUUGGGAUUCUAGAUAUAACUUACUUUUGCAAAUGUGCAACUUAAAUUUUGGACGCAGUAAUUUAAUAGACUGGUAUUUUACUUUUGUAAUUACAAAUCUGAAAAUUCUGAAU